AAUGGGCUGGGCUCACAUAUUAGCUCAGACCCAUCAAGUGAUUCUCUCCCGCUCUUACUCUUUUUUUUAAUCCUAAGGAGAAAGGAAUGAUUUAUCGGAAAAUUCCCCCAAACAGUCACAGAAAAAUGCAGAAAUCGUUCUCGUUGAUCCAAACGGUUGCAAUCUCCGGCGUAUUCUCCGCCGUCUCUUGCUGGUAUGGAUUCAUGUUUGGUAGAGAGUCCGCGAGGAAAGAGCUCGGCGGUUUAAUCGAAGAGCUCCGUCGUGGAGGUUCCAAUUCUGAUUCUACUCCACCACAUUCCUGAGUUAGGCAUUCCGAUUUCUCCAGGCGCUUUCGUUAUCUGUGUUGCUAAGUUAGUUUCCGAUUUCGAUUCAUCUCCCCGUGAAAUUUUCCAUUUAUGUCACUUACGAUUUCUCGAGUGUUCAUGAUUUUUGAGCAAUUGUUGUAUAAACGAUGUGUUCAUGAGUUAAUUUAACUAUGAAAUUGUUUGAA